AUGGAGGAUGAAGAAGCCAUGAUUCGUGUUCUACUUGUCGACGGCAGUUCCACUUGGCUCUUCAUCUUGGAGACCCUUCUUCGCCAGUGUCGAUAUCAUGUGAGUACAACAGAUGGAGCAAUCACAGCACUUCAAAUUUUACGCGAAAACAACAGUCGAAUUGACUUAGUAAUAAGUGAAGUCGACUUGCCUGACAUGGAUGGAUUUGUUCUGCUCAAGGAAGUGAGCCUCCGAAUGGACAUCCCGGUCGUAUUGGUGUCGUGGGAUGAUAGUAAAGAACGAGUAUUAAAAGGGAUAAUGAAUGGCGCGUGUGAUUAUCUGGUAAAACCUGUGAGAGUCGAGGAGCUGAAGACUAUAUGGCAGCAUGUGGUGAGGAAAAAGUUGAGGAAGAAGAAGAAUGUUGAUAAUAAUAAUAAUAAUAAUAAUAAGAUUGUUAAUGUUGUGGUUGAAUCUCAUGUGGAGAUGAAAGAAGCUUCCAACAAUAACAGUAUUUGUGUUAAUGAAAACCCAAAUAAUGAUAAAAGGCACACUCGUGAAGCUGUGCCGAAACGGAUCAUGGAGCUUAUGAAUGUAGAAGGUAUUUCGAGGGAACAUGUUGCGAGCCAUCUCCAGGCAAAAUCUCUUAUCUCAAAAUACAGAAUGCACCUGAAAAGGUCAAAAGGCGAGGCCGCGGGCCCACGACAAGCAAACAAGGCACCAUUAUUGUCAGGCGUGCCAUCAUUUAACACUGCUUAUAAUAAUAAUUAUGAUAAUCAACACAUGAUUAAGGAUGGAAAACGACAAUGUGUUGUACCUUGUCCAACUUCAAUGGGCAAUCAUCAUCAAGAGAAUGAUAAUCGACGAGUAUGGGUUCAAGGAAUGCCAAUGCCAAUAACAGCGUACGAUCCAUUUGCUAGUUACACUGAUUGGAGCAUUUCAUUUUGCGAUGAUCGGCUUCUUUAUGAAUUUCCUUCUCUCGGCUCGAUUGAUAAUUCGAGUCAACAUGAUUUGGUGCUGCCAAUGCCAGCUACUCGUAAUCCGAAUAGCCACAACACGAGUUACAGCUUGAUAACGACGUGUCAGAAUAUCAUUCGUCGGGAGUUUCUUAAAGACCCUUUGACUGUUGGUUCCAUUUCGAUGCAUGUGCUUCAAAAUAACAGCUUUGGACAUGGACAAGGACAAGCUUCCCACCAGCCACUCUGA